AAAGGCAAUCAAAACAAAUCCCAUACAAGCAGCACAGUCUCAAGCUGGCUUCAAGAUCGAUCGCCCAGUUCCUGUCCCGCAAACUCGGCUUCAACUGCAUCCGAAGCGGAAGCAUAGAAAAGAUGCGAACAAAAGCAAAGCAAAUAAACAAUAAUAAAAAAAAAUUACAAACACCCUUCGCUUGCGCGAGCUGUCACUCUCGCGAGGCUUUUGUAGGGAUAAAAGGAUCCUAAAUUUAGGAAGAGUUUGGAAGAAAAUGGUUCUGCAGUAGUAAAAACAUUUAUUACUACUGUCGGGGAUACGCCAAGAACGCCGCGCAUAACUUGGCACCAUCGAAAAUCUUAAUGCAAAAUGCGGAUGAAAGGCAUAACGCUGUCGGCUAUUCUGGAGCAGGGUGCCACACGGCGGCGCAAAUCACCUCCUAAAGAAGAAUGUCCCAAAAAGCAAAAACGUGACUGUUGGCGGAAGAUAGCAGCAGUAUUAAACAAAUGUGAGAGCAAGCGAACGCACGAUGAGGUGCGGCUUUUGGAGAGCCAGCCGGAGGUAGUGAAGCAGAUCCUCGAACGCCGAAAGCGCAAUGUCGAGUACAAGGAACGUGUACUCGAGACGGAAGACGAUCCCGAAGUUAUCGAACGGAAAGCCUUAAAGCUAGCUCAGGCCAUUGCCAAGGCAAACCAUCUGAUCGUCUACACCGGGGCCGGAAUUAGCACCUCUGCCAAAAUACCGGACUACCGCGGAAGUCAAGGAAUAUGGACGCUACUGGAACAAGGCAAAGACAUUGGCGAGUACGAUCUUUCGCUGGCGGAUCCUACCUUCACCCAUAUGGCGCUGUUCGAGCUGCACCGAAGGGGCAUUCUAAAGCACGUGCUGUCGCAGAACUGUGACGGGUUGCAUCUGCGUUCCGGAUUGCCCCGAUUCUCUCUCUCGGAAGUGCACGGUAACAUGUACGUGGAGGUGUGCAAGCAAUGCAAACCGAAUGCCGAAUAUUGGAGGCUUUUCGAUACCACACAAUUCACCGCCCGUCAUUAUCACAAAACGAAUCGCCGGUGUCGUCGCUGCGGUGGACCGCUCAUCGACACGAUCGUACACUUUGGCGAGCGGGGUCAGUUGAAGUGGCCACUUAAUUGGGCUGGCGUAACGCCCCAUACCGAGAAGACUGAUUUAAUUCUGUGCAUUGGAUCCAGCCUGAAGGUGCUGCGCAAGUAUACGUGGCUGUGGGCAACGGAUCGACCGAUAAAGAAGCGGCCAAAGAUCUUCAUCAUCAAUCUGCAGUGGACGCCCAAGGAUAAGGUGUCGACGCUCAAGAUAAAUGGCAAAUGCGACGAGGUGAUGAAGCUGGUAAUGGAGCACCUGAACAUCGAGGUCCCGCAGUACAAUCGGCUCAAGGAUCCCAUAUUUGCACAUGCAACAUUGCUACUGGCCGACGAACAGCACACAGCGUCGCAGCCAAUGUUGAAGAAAAUCACUGCCGCCAAAGAAGAAUCGUCGGAAGAGCCGAUCAACGACGAACGUGACGAAGAAAUCAAAACGGAACCGAACGCAUCCGCCAGUGCGACCAUCUCACCUCAGCAAAUAUACUUAAACAAUCUGUUUCUCGCGCAACAACAGCAAAUGAGCAACAAUUACAGUAUCCUGCUAAACUCGGCAGGACGUACGGAAGCGCGCGGUUCUCUGUUGCCCUGCAAUUUGCCGCCGCUGGUGCCCUGUUCGCUAAACGCUAGUGACGGUGGCCAAACUAAAAACGAACCGAACGGCCCCUCUUCAUGUGACGAUCACAAACCGCUAACGUCUCCUCCAGUAAACGUUAUAAAGAUAGACACUGCAUCGAAUCUGUUCGGUAGUCUACGCCAAGUGCUGAGUACCAUCAAUCCCGGGACAAACUCGUCUUCCGUGGAGAGCAAACCGCUUUCGGCCGCUGAUGAAAAACCCAACGCUUCCCAAAGUGCUGCAACGGAACAGCUUUUACACGUCCCCGUACCACUUUUGAUGCAACCUGGUGUAACCGUAGUCAAGCAAUCGUUAAUGGCGGCUGGUACAUCGGACAAAAGCAGUCUGCUCGAUGCGGCCGCUCAGAAGAAACCGCCAAUGUGUAAUCAGAUACAGCUGAUCGUAAAGCCGGUCGUGGUAAGUAAUCCGCCGAGUUUGGUGCCGCUGAAUGCACAUCGGCCGGUAGAUGCACAUCAAUCGGCGCAUAGUGCUCAUGGUUCAUCCGGUGUGUUAAAUAAUGCAAUGAAAGUGGAACCUUUCGAGGAAGUUUUACCAGAGAUUAAAAGUGUGCCAGAAGUUCUUUUGAAGGGCGAAGAAAUUGUCGACGAUGGUAGUGAAACGAUCAAAUGUGAAAAUACUUCAAACGAAAUGGCCGUUAGCAGGGAGCUUAAAAGAGAGGAAACCGGCGACGGGCUUUUGGCGCCUGGUCAGAUCAAGCAUGAACACCAAAUCAACACUGUGGACACAUUGGACAGUGAAAUGGAACUGGGCAAAAGUCCCGAAGAGAUAUCCGACGUGAAACAACCGAUUCCUGGUGAUGGACCUGAGCCAGCCAGGGAAUGCAGAGCAGAAGUAACGACAGAUGAUAUAGAAUGCAUUUCCGUACAUUCUUCAUCUUCCGAAAACGAUAUCGAUCAAAGACACAGCGUUGGCGAGGCUAGUCUUCAUCCUGAACCGGACACAAAGCAACCAACGGACGUGAGGGUUCCUGCAGAUGAUAAGCGCUGCACCGAACAGCCCACCGGCAAAGUGGAUAAAACGUUAGAGCAAGGCUUGUUGUCACCAUCGCAUGAAACCCUUCUGGAACAAUUAAAAAGCGUUUCUGUGGAAAAGGCAGACAACAACAUUGAAAAUGCUCGUGAAGAUCGUGUACCAGACCCAGUGCAAAGUAUGAGAGAUUCUUUAGAUCAAAGCGAUGAAUGUGAUGAGAUGAAAGAAUCAAACCAUUUUGAUCUUAAAGCUGCUAGUAUGAUGGCCACGCAUGAGGGUCAGCCGUCAGCUUUAUGUUCCCAACCGUGCACCCGGAUCGAAUUGCCCAAGCACGAAACAAGCAACGGAGCGACUCCAGAAACACAAAAUUUAAAUACCUGGGUAGAAGCUGAAACCAUCAACAAGGAUUUGGUAAAUGAAUCAGUUAGUCAGCGGAGAAAGGUCUCAUCAGAUGCAACGGUUAACGGCAAAUUGGAUCUUAACGGUACUGAUUCUGAGGCUUCUGAAGUAACGUAUUCGAAUGUUGAUGAAGCUAUUAGUUGUGCAGAGCCGGUACCAGUGAAAGAGCCAGCAGAUGUAACGGAAAGCACACAAGAAGAAGCUGACGAUUCUCAGUCUCCACAAGUAGAACCAAACGCUGUAACCGUAGCAUUCUGUUCAACGCAAGCAACGGAGACAAGUAUGGCAAAGGCAGAAGCAAUUCAAGAGAUAGAGAUUGAUUUGGGCAGCGAAGAAUCGUGGCGCAAGUACGAUGCGUGUGAUGAUGCGAAAAAAACUUCAGCCAACGAACGAAGCGUCGAUGAAACGGUCAAUGAUGACGACUCACAAGCGAAAAGUGAAGUUGAAGGUUCAUGGGCCGACGACCAUGAUGAACCUCACAGUUGCGCCGCUGUACAAAGGAAUGGAGACGUGAACGAACUUGAAGUGAUCUCGAACGAUGUAUUGCAGUCAGAAGAUGUUCUCCCAACGAACCAAUCUGACCGUGACCGAGAAGAGAAAGUUCCUCUGGAGGUAGAACAAAGCGAGACUGAUGCCGACACUGUACCCGUCACCUUGCUGCUUGAAACUAAUCUUACAACUUCGCCAGUGUGUGAGAAGAUAGAACAGGAAUUGAAUUCUGUUACAUCGCCUGAGGAUGGUUCCACUAAAGAUAUCGCCACUGGUGGAACAUCCCCGGUGAGCAAUGAUAACACAUGCUCCCUGUCGGACAAUGAUCGCGACGUAGCAAAGAAUCAACCGGCGUGUGAACUGAAUACAGCUUCAAGCCGGCAGCAGGAAACGUUAAGUACUGAACCGAAUGAUCGUAGCAACGUACAUCAAACCUCCUCGAAUGAAAACCUGCCAUCACAGUGUCCCGAGCAUGAACGAAAUAGGGAAGCGACGAUGGGACAUGAAGAAGGCGUUACCAAACCUACCCCAAAUGCUUCGGACGACCUGUUGCAGUUAGUCUUGAAAGAUGGCGCGCAAAAUGUCCCGCAAAAGCCAAACGCAGAUUCAAAUUGCGGCCCACACUCAUCGCUUCCCAGCAAGCGCACACGCCACCAGAACAUGGUCAAGGUUGUGCUUAGCAAUAGUGCCCUGUUCGAGCUGUACGAAGCUGCACCGAGGUUCACGGAUAACUGCCCGCCGGCAUUAAAGUUGAUAGCUCCGGUCAAAUAUCAGCUUCCCACACACGUGGUUGCAAAACUGGCCAAACCUGGCAGCAGUCCGCCGCCGGCAGCAAAUGAACCUAAACACGAAAAGACUGAUGAGGAUGAUAACCUCGAACAGCAGCAGCAGCAAGAUGCAACACCAACGCAAGCCUCGUCCCGAUUUCAAACGCUCGAUCUUUCCACGACGACACCAAGAAGCUCGCAGACGCCGCCCUGCAAACCGAUACAUCGGCCAUCGGCAUUUCUUCUCACUCCGCCAAUGCACUGCAUCGGCAGCACACUGACGGUGGCCCCACAAAACGCUACUCCAUCCUCGGUAGCUUCCUCAUUCAUCCCACUACCAGGCCAGGCCGGUCUGUCGGCGAGUGCCAGUGUGGCGGCCUACAUGCUAAAGAACGGCAGCUUCAUGAGCACGCAAGCGAGGCUGCCGAACCUGUUCGGCGGUUUUCACACCGGCCUGGGGACGAACUUACUCCUGCUGACCAGUCCUCCCAAACAUCCAGCGACUCCAAGCGGUAGUACUAGCCAACCGGCAGAUAGCUCUCCCACGGCCACAACACCAACGACACCGGCCAAGUCCUUUCGGCUCGAGUCGGAUGAACAGACCGACGAGGAGGAUGGCAUGAGUUUGAAAAAACGACGCUCCAAGCGUCUCGAGUCGGCCCGGCUGCACAAGCACCAGCCGGUGACGCCGGAAAAGACUGACUCCGAUACGGACACCACGAUCGAUCAAUCGCCCCGGGAGUCGCGAGCAAGAGGAAGCAACCGAUCUAGCCAAUCGCUCGACGGAGCGAACGAAAGCGAUGAACUGACGGGGGAAGGUGGUUACGGUGCGGGCCGGUCACGCAGCUUUCGCAUUCGACGAAAGCCCGAGUUUCUGAACAUUAAACAUCCGGAGAAGAAGAAGAAGCGUCCCAACGAUGAACCGCCAGAGACGGCGGCGUGUGCGAAGCCCUCGACGAGCGGCUGCCAAGAGAAGAUGCCAAAACACGGUGAGCAACUGGCAACGGCAGCCGCCACCACCGCGUCGACGACAUUGCCGGCCACCAACCGAUUAUUCACGAUUGCUGCUCCAGUAGCGUACUUCCCUGCCCCGUUCGUCUCAACGCUAGGAACCUCAAGCUCAAGCGCAAUAAUGUCGCAACAGGAAAAGUACAAACGCAUCCUCACGUACUACAAGACCGCGAUCCAGCAGCAGCAGCAGCAUCAGCAGCAGGCCAGCAGCACGCCCAACGCGCUGCCCCAAUGGUAUGACGUAAACUACGCCUACUCCGGACUGCACAGCAUUAUCCAUCCGCCACCACCGGACGUCAAUCUUUGGGGCUGUGGCUCACCGAUCAAGCUGGAACCGCAGCAACAGCCGCUAGAAAUCGAGUGCAAGUUCUGCUUCGAGAACUACGCCCAGUACAGCUGCCAGUUCUAUCCUCCCCAGCCGGCGGAUUUCGCCGUCAAAUCGUUCCGCCGGGGCAGGGUGGUCGUGUGCGAAUGCUGUGACCACUCCGAUGGGGAAAAUGAGAAAGCUCAGCCAGACGUCGUUGCCACGGGAGCUGACGAACCCGGUUCCCUCGCAUCAACAUCGCAGGUACCGUGUGGUGGUGGUGGCGGCGGUGAAGCGAACUCCUCCGAGAAUGUAGCACACGACGCGCAGGACCAAAAGCGUCGUCCGCUGGCAGAGGAGGACCAAUCGAAGGAGACGGAAGUGAGAGUGUCCAAACGUCCCAAGUGUGAGGCAAGCGUUAUUUCCGCUGAUGGUUCCAGUUCCGGAGUCGGCGGCAAUACGAAUGGCACUAAUGGCGCUGCACACAAACCGAGGGUGAAACCGGGAUGGUACGGAAAGGGCUAUCGAAAGCAUUUGCGGCGCAAGAAGCGCACGAGUCAAGGAUGAAAUUGAGAGAUCCAGGCGGUUCUGUAAUGUAGAUACCUAACAGCGACUGUAAGCAUUUGCUUCUCCUCAGCGUUAAACGGCGUGCUCAACAGAUCCACUAACAACCGAUAAGCAUAGAACUAGGAAGUAGGAUGGGUGCCUUGCUGCGAGGUAAUAGGGUGAUAAGGGCCAAUUUCAAAGUUCUGUUCAAACACACCCUUGUUUGUGUGAAAGUAUUGUCGUUCCUUUUUUACUGCGCUAAGAAAUGUACAUACAGGCUAGUCGGUAAGGUUACGGUUCUCUUAGGCUUAGUCUGAUGAAGCUCACCCUUCCGUGAGCAUCCUGCAUCAUCGAUCCGUUCGAGGACAGCAAGAAUGCGUGAAGGUGAAUAUGUUUCCUUCUUUUACCUCCAAACAGCGUGUGAAGCGAUCUCAAUUAUAUGUCCAGUAGAAUGUACCAACUUUUGUCUUUCAUCAAUCGACUCCGUAGGCCGACUCGGUGGCCGAGCGAAUUAAACAUUAAUACAAAAAUGACUAAGCGAUCGGCACGGGUCAUUUCUAACAUUGGCUCAGCAUUGUUUCGUAGAUUUCUCUGUAGACAAGAGGGUGCAAAAGGGUGGGCCAUUUAAUACAAAAGGACGGUGUAAUGGCAAUGUGCGGAUUGAGUGAAUAAAAACCAAUUGAAUGAGA